GUAAUUCUUUCGGUAGUAUUGACUGCUGCUGGGGUUAUGAUUGCAGCGCUGGGAGAUUUUUCUUUUGACCUUGUUGGAUAUAGCAUGGCCUUUACUUCUGUUUUCUUCCAGACCAUGUACCUUGUGUUGGUGGAGAAGUCUGGUGCAGAGGACGGACUUUCAUCAGUCGAGAUCAUGUUCUAUAACAGCUUUUUGUCUUUACCAUUUCUGGUAUUUCUUAUCAUAGCUACAGGAGAGUUUCCAGAUUCUUUGUCAUUGUUAUUUGCAAAGGUUGAUAACUUGGAAUUUCUGAGGGAAAUGAGGAUCAACCCAAUAAAGGUUGCCAAAGCAUUAGUGGAAGUGUUUGCUGAAAUGAUUUUGAUGAAUAUGGGUGCAAGGUGUUAUGCCAGUUCAUUGAUAGAGUGGAGAAACACCCGAGCAAGAAAAUUGAUGAGAAGAUUGGCCAGUUCUGGAUUGUAUUUUUUUCAUAACAGAACUUUUUUCAAGUUUUUAGUUGUAAUAACUUUUACAUGUAGCUCAAAUUUUGAGACUCAAAUAGAAUGUUCAAUAAAACUAUAAUGCUAUACUGUCUGAAUUCUUGUCA